UGUCUGCCCUGGCUCCACAGGAACUUCCUUUGGUGCAAUGAAUCCUAAACACGGGGCGAAGGUCUACUAAUGACAAGUCGGGGUGUUUUUUUAGACAGGAAUGAGACCCCCCACCCACCGCUGAGCUCAAGAUGAGAGAGUGGUGGAUUCAUGUGGGUUUGAUAUGCAUCCCGCUUGUGGCCGUGUACCUGCACAUCCCGCCCCCUCAGCUCUCUCCUGCCUUGCAGAAGUGGCACAGCGCUGGGGACUUCUUCCACUUCAGGGGCAGAAAGAUCUUCUACAGGGACUCAUAUGGUGCUUUGGGAAGCUCAGAUGUCGUCAUUCUGCUCCAUGGCUUCCCCACCUCCAGCUAUGACUGGAACAAGAUCUGGGAUCCACUCACACAGCGCUUCCAUAGAGUCAUUGCACUGGAUUUUCUCGGCUUUGGCUUCAGUGAUAAACCGAGGCCCCACAGGUACUCCAUCUUUGAACAGGCUAGUUUGGUGGAGGCCCUGGUGGGCCACUUGGGUCUAAGCAAUCAUCGAGUGAAUCUGGUGUCCCACGACUACGGAGACACUGUAGCUCUGGAGCUGCUCUACAGGACUGACCAAAAUCGCUCAGGUCAUCUGACUUUGAACAGCCUUUGUCUUUCUAAUGGAGGAAUUUUCCCAGAAACACACCACCCCCGGUUGCUGCAGAUACUUCUUAAGGAUUCGAGUUUUCUUGCUCCAGUACUGAUGCGCCUCACCAACUUCUUGCUCUUCCAGAAAGGUUUAGGAGAAGUGUUUGGUCCGUACACACAACCCACAGAUGCUGAGUUCUGGGACAUGUGGGCUGGUUUACGCUACAAUGAUGGUAACUUGGUUUUGGACAGUAUUCUCCAGUACAUCAACCAGAGAAUAAAACACAGAGAGAGAUGGGUGGGCGCGCUCACGUCCACGUUCGUCCCAUUGCACAUGAUCUACGGACCCCUGGACCCAGUAAACCCUCAUCCCCAGUUCAUCCGUCUUUACCAGCAGGUGGUGCCGAGGUCGACAGUCGCCAUCUUGGACGAGCACAUCAGUCACUACCCUCAGCUGGAAGAUCCCACCGGUUUCCUUAAAGCAUAUUUCAAUUUUAUUCACUCUUUCUGAAAUGACACCAUUUACAAAUAAGUCAAUGAUGAUUGUGAACUAAUUUACCAGCCCUCACGUUAAUGAUUGCCAUGACAGUAAAAACAAAGCUAGUUGUGUUUAAUUUAUGAAUCCCCCUGAAAAAGCUAAGUUAGGUUGUGGGACACUUUUGAUAUAAUUUUCUACAUUUCUCUUGAUGUCAGUGACUAACUGUUAACUUUUCUUCAAAUAAAGUUAGUUUUUU